UACAUGGGGUGCAUUGAGGUGCUGCGCUCCAUGAGGUCCCUCGACUUCAACACCCGGACACAGGUCACCAGGGAAGCCAUCAACAGACUGUACGAGGCGGUGCCGGGCGUGAAGGGCAUCUGGAAGAAGAAGGCUCCCAACAAAGCUCUCUUCUCCAUCCUGGGCAAGAGCAACCUCCGCUUCGCUGGCAUGAGCAUCGCUGUCAAUAUCUCCGUUGAUGGACUGAACCUCAUGGUCCCCACCACGCGCCAGAUCAUCGCCAACCACCACAUGCAAUCCAUCUCCUUUGCCUCCGGUGGGGACACGGACACCACGGACUAUGUCGCCUACGUCGCCAAGGACCCCAUCAACCAGAGAGGUGACACUGGCCCCUGUGCCCGCGAGCUGUGCAGAAGAGGAGGGAUGCGCUGGGAGAUGGAGGCUGGAGGAGGGGAUCCCUUGUGCUGGGCGGUGCUGGGUGCAGAGGAGUCGGCCUGGGGGGAAGACGAGGAGGGGGCCGAGCACGAUUACUACAACAGCAUCCCGGGGAAGGAGCCGCCUGGACUGAUCGACUCCCGGCUCCGGCACGGCACAGUCCUGGGCCAUGUCCACACUCAGCCCUCCAGCUCUGCACCCCCCAGCCAGCCGGGACCACCCUGGGACCUGGAGAGCCAGGGCCAGCCCUGUGAUGGGUACCUGCAGGCAGAUGGCCAUGCCCUGGGGCCACGGGACUACGAGGAGCACAUGUACGUGAACACCCAGAGCCUGGACACCUGGGAGCCGGAGGCGACGGCUCGCGGGGUGCCAGAGGAGAGCCCCAAAAAGGACCUCUUUGAUAUGAGGCCAUUCGAGGAUGCCCUGAAGCUCCAUGAGUGCAUUGCGGGGGGCGGCACCAGCCUCCCCAUCGAGGACCAGUGGCCGAGCCCCCCGACGCGGAAAGCCCCUGUCGCCCCCACGGAGGAGCAGCUCAGGCGGGAGCCAUGGUACCACGGGAGGAUGAGCCGGCGGGACGCCGAGAGGCUCCUGCAGACAGACGGCCGGGUGCGGGACAGCCUCACCAGCCCGGGGCAGUACGUGCUGACUGGGAUGCACAGUGGGCAGCCCAAGCACCUGCUGCUGGUGGACCCUGAGGGCGUGGUGAGGACGAAGGACGUGCUGUUUGAGAGCAUCAGCCACCUCAUCAGCCACCACCGGCAGAACGAGCAGCCCAUCGUGGCUGCAGAGAGUGAGCUGCACCUCCGCCAGGUUGUCCGGAGGAAGCAGUGA